CUUCCUCCAGCACCUGUUAGCAUCAGUGUCCAGGAAUUAACUCAAGGACUGGAAAAAUGGCUUUCAACCUGCAAAACUCCAUGGAGGGCCUCAUCAGUGUGUUCCAUUCCUAUUCUGGAAAAGAAGGUGACAAGUACAAGCUGAGCAAAGGUGAAAUGAAGAACCUGUUGCAGGGAGAACUCGCCGACUUCAUGCACAAAGACCCCGACGUGAUUGACAAGAUUAUGGGUGACCUGGAUGAAAACAAGGAUGGUGAAGUGGACUUCCAGGAGUUUAUUGUUCUGGUUGCUGCACUGAGUGUCGCCUGCCAUGAAUUCUUCAAAGACUGCGAUAAGAGCUGUGUGAAAGACGAGAAGGACCAUGGUUCUAAGAAAGACUGAAAGUAUAUUUCACAUUAAAUCAAUAAAAAUGUUGGAUGUAAAAAAAAAA